GGUACCUCGCUACAACAAGAAAUUUAAUUUAUCACCUCAAAAACACAUAAUCCCUCUUGUCUUAAAAAUGUGCCGCUAGGGGCCAGACCCGUCAGCCAAUUAGAGACCGGGGGGAUUUUCAACAAAUGCGGGAAAAGUUGUUGACCAAUGAGGAACGAGGAGCGGCUGGUUGGUGGUUUAAACACUGUGCACAGAGUAACCAGUUGAUCUCAGACAAUACAACCAUGAUGUUUAGAUCAUACGCACACGAGAGUGAACUUCAUUCUUCGUUAAAUUUAAGAUCCCAGUACACAAGAACUCAGAGUUACCAGGAGUUCCUUGACAGUUCUAAUGACGAGGGAUCUGAGAGUGGUGAAAACAGUGUAGAUCUUGGUUCUGAUCUUGCUCUUGAUCAAACACAUCGUCAUGAUCAUGAUCCACAGCUUCGUCUUGAUCCAACACAUCAUCUUGAUCAUGAUGUUAAUAGUCCAGACUGUCUUCAAGAUCAUUUGGCAAGGCGUCGAAUGCAAAGUAUAAAUGAAGCAUUUGAAAGUUUACGUCAGCAUAUUCCUACACUACCUUACGAGAAGAGAUUAAGUAAAGUUGAUACCUUAAGAUUAACAAUUGGGUAUAUAAGCUUCUUGGCUGAGAUGGUUAGCUCUGACCGACCUGAAGACAGGUUUACAAGGGAUCCGAACAGGAAGGUUAUCCUUUACUCAAAUAGAGGUUUGUUGGUACAUAGUCUAUCCUGGAUGAAUACUCGGGAUCAUAUCACGAAUGGAAGAGCUCACACUAAACUAUGGACUCCAGAAGAUGCUCACACUGCUAAACUUAACGGAUACUACCCAGCAGAUGGAUAGAUAGAUAGAUAAUAGAUAGAUAGAUAAUACAUUAGAUACAGGGUUUCCCACAAAGAAUGAGAUAUCAGAGAAGAAAUCUAAUCAGUUUUCUUUCUGAUAUUCUUGGUUCCCUGCAACAGUUAAAUGCAGGAAACUAAAUCCAAACUUAAGAUCAGAAUAUUAAAAGAGUUUUUGAUCAUCUUGUGGGUUACCACGCGUUGUAUCAUACAAUUAAAAAAAAGAAAUACAGUGAUAACUAGAAAACCAGACGACAUUAUAGCAAAACUUAGGCGUUUUGAUGUGUUACGUUAUUGUAAGCAAAUAUUUUUACUAGUAACUUAGCAAAGCAUAAUAUAAGUGAAAAGGGUCUAUUUACACUGUA